AUGGCAUCUCCAAUGCCAAAGCGACGAGUCCCCGGCCUGCCAAACCCGGUGUUGGAAGCAGAGCAACAAAAAUGGUUAUUCACAGAAGAAGAGUUCGAGCGCACCCCGUCGCGCAUCGAUAAGAUCGAACGUGGGAAAGAGGACUACAUCCGACACCGGGCAGUCGAGUUCAUCUGGCAAGUCAGUGUGAUGCUGAAGAUGCCACCGCAGACCUCGAUGACCGCCACAGUAUACAUGCAUCGGUUCCUCAUGCGGUAUUCAUUAAUGGGCCAAUAUCAGGAGAAAGGGUCGGACCUGAUGCACCCGAAGGUGAUAGCAGCAGUGGCGCUAUUCGUCGCGUUCAAGGUAGACGAAGCCAUGCGCCGCAUGAAAGACUUCGUCAUCGCCUGCUGCCGCGUCGCCAUGAAGCAGCCAAACCUGAUCGUCGACGAGCAAUCCAAGGACUACUGGAAAUGGCGCGAUCUGAUCCUGCAAAACGAGAGUGUCAUGUUGGAAUACCUCUGCUUCGACCUGCAGGUCGAAUCCCCCUACCGCAUUCUCUGGGACUACUCCGUCUUCCUAGGCGUCACCGACAACAGACACCUCCGCCAUUCCAGCUACUCCUUCCUCAACGACUCCACCUACACAGUCCUCUGCCUCCAAUUCCCGCCCCGCGUCAUCGCCGCCGCGGCCCUCUACGCCGCUGCCCGCCACUGCAAAGUCGCCUUCCCAGACGACGCAGAAGGUCGUCCCUGGUGGGAGCAAAUCGACGUCCGUCUAGACGACCUCAUCCGCGCCUGCACCUUCAUCGUCAAAAUCUACGAGCGCGUCCAGCAAAACCUCAGCAAAGGCUACCCGGACUUCGCCAUAUCAGAAACAACCUCCAACCCAAAUGACCCAACUCGCCUCUUCGACACAGACCCCACAAAACCACGCCCACAACAUUCAAUCCCGCCCACUCCCUCAUCAUCUCUCACCACCCAAGAACCACACACAAACGGUCGCAAACGCUCCCGCGAACCCGAAUCACGUCCCCAACCCCCCUCUUCGCCAAAACCAGCAUCAAACGGUAACCAAGAACCUUCACCAAAGCGCCAGCGCACCGUCACCCCCUCCCCAGAAAACAUCUCAACAACGGGCUUGAAAACACUUCCCUCGUCGCGUCCGCGCAUUCCUGCAGCUGCGUCGUCACACAAUACACAUCAACCGCACUCCCGGGCCGUGACGGAUAAUGAGCCGGCACCGGGGUCGGCAUCGCAUAUCCCGAAAUCAGAGUCGAGCGCCGAGGAAGGCGAAGUCUCAGAGAAGGAUCAUGGUCAUCCUGUUGAACGUCCUGCCGGGGCGGUAGAGGAUGAUGAUGGGGGAAGUGAAGAGGGCGAGAUUUGA